GGUAUUUGUUUUGAUUUGUGUAGGUUUUCUUGGACACAUUAUCUUUUUUUUUCUGAUUUUUGUAGGUUUUCUUGGACAAGUAUCUGGUAUUUGUUUUGAUUUGUGUAGGUUUUCUUGGACAACUUGACAAGUAUCUGGUAUUUGUUUUGAUUUGUGUAGGUUUUCUUGGACAAGUAUUUGGUAUUUGUUUUGAUUUGUGUAGGUUUUCUUGGACACAUUAUCUGGUAUCUAAUAUGUGUAAUUUUUGUUUUGGACACAUUAUUAUUAUUAUUUUUGUUUUUUUUUUUGUUUUUGAAACCGUAUUUGUUUUGAUUUAUGUAGGUUUUCUUGGACAUAGUAUCUGGUAUUUAAUUAGCAUAGAUUUUCUUGGCACAGUAUCGUGUAUUAUAGUAUAAUAAUAUUAUUAUUGUUAUAUAAUAAAAUAAAUCUUACAUUAUUGAUAUAUGGCUGUAAAUGUGGCUUUCUUCCAAAAAGCUUGUUUUACAAAGUAUUUUUAAAUAUUUGGCUUGUUUAAAAGAACUAGUUUAAUGUACAGCUUCCACAAGUUUCUUCCUGUUUCACACUACACUGAAUUGUAUUUUAAUCAUGCACUUUCCUAUUUUUUUGUUUGACUUGAUUCCAUGUUGACUUGGUCUGCUAGUUCCGACCUGUCUGUGGCGGUAUGAAAGAGUUUUAGUACGUAGCCCCUGUACGCUCCUAGUGGCAGUGUCGUGGACAGACGACAAGAUCGAUAAUGCGGUUAAGACGGGAGGCAGAGUUAGUCAAGGGGAGAACAGUGGCGUUCAGUUUCCGGGGAGUGAGCUCGUUUGUCAUCGGGAUGUGAAAAUAGGAUAGCAUGUUUCCGGACCAGUUCUGUCAGAGUAAGAUGAGACUAGACUGGAGGGAAUGCUCUCAUCAACAUAGCGUUGCAGUGAUGUUGAUUUGUAGACAUUGAAUUGUUGUCAACAUGUUUGUGUCACUAGUCCGACAACGUUAUGCUCUGGACUCAACAUGCUGACAAUUAGAGCUUCUACACACAUGUCGGUAAACACAAUCGGAAUUUUAAAAAAAGUCUUUGGAAAGAAGUGGUUCACAAACUUUCAGAUUAAAACUCCUAAGACUUUCCCUGUAUCAAGGUGUUUUGUUUGUUUAGGGCUUAACAUUAAUUUGAUAGAAUGUUAAGUACUUCAAUCUGUAUGCCACCAAAACAUUACUCAAUCGCUUUCCACGUGUAAGCUACUCUGGGAGACGAGGAGAGACUGAGGCCUCACUUUAAGUUACAGUUUAGAAUGCUCAGUAUGAACUUGUGAUCUCUUCACACCUAGUGCAAUCUCAGUCUGUUUCCACCAUUGGCCCACUCAGGCCUAGUUAAUCUCUGCUGCACCAUAUGUGCUGCUGGAUUGUGUGUGUGCUGGUGAGAUGGUGUGUUUCUUGUCCGGGGCCACGCAUAAAAAUAACCUGGAAGAAAAUAUAUUUCUAUGCUUGGAUGAUCUAUGGCUAUGUAUCGCCCAGUUUAUUUCUUUGUUGUCUUCCUUGACAUACCUCCUUUAGGUGUGGUCAGUCUGACCGAUAGAUAGGCAGGAGCAAUUUCUAGUCAUAAGUAUACAAACAUUGAAGAAUAGUUUGUGUACAUUUCAUCUUUUUUUUUUUUUUGUGUGGCCUUAUUUUGCUUGUUCUAGAGACAUACAUUCUAUUGGAUUAAUUGUUUAGUGCCGGCUCGAACUUAUGUUCAGAAUUCAAAAUAUAGAAGCAAUGUUUCUUUGGUUUGAAUAGAGUGAACGGUUCAAAAGAAAGAAGAAUGCCAACUGUAGAUGAUGUGCUAACAUUCUAUGUAGUGUAACAUUCAUUAUAGACUAGUAGGUCAAGAAGGCGUUCUGUACAUUACUACACUAGACGAAAUAGUUGACAAACCCCGGAUAUAUAGAGAGUAAAUCGACACUGGUAUUAAGUCUAUUUUGUAGAGAGCCGUUGGUGUAGUGUAAGCCUUCCUUUGGAACGACCAAAUAGAUCAAGUGAAGCCUAACCAAUGUCUAGCUCUCUCUCUCUGGUCUGUAGAGACUUGUUCGUUUGACUACUUGACACUAGUGGGGACGUGCACAUGGACUGAAGUGUCACGGUGAACUGUACAUGUGUGUCGUGUACCUUGUGCUGUGCGAUCACGUGACACAAUAACUGACAGACAGGCGUGCGCCAUGACAGUCGACAAUGCAAUGUCUGAAGGCGAACAAUGUAACCCAGACAUAGAUACAAGCCACACCGUUGCUUGAAAAAAAAAAGCCGAUCUAGGUAGACUAGAAAUAGGUCGGAAUAUUCAAAACAAAACACCAGAUGAGGGUAAAGAGAGCCGACUGCCCUAUGUAAACGGCUCGUGUCGCCUCCUUGCACACACACAAAAAGGGGGGGUGGGGUGGGGAGUAUUUAUUGUAUAUAGACUAAAUAUUGCUCUGAUUUUUAAUGUUUCUCGAUUGGCUGUAAAUUAAGACUUCGUUAUUUCUUCACAUUGAGAGUAGCUUUAAAAGGAAGACCCGUUGGAUAAUUUCUUUUUUAAUUACACUAGAACUGUAGAGAUCAACAAUCUAUGGAAGUGGGGAGGCAAUAGAACAAAGGUUUAGGGCAAAAAUCGAUUGGUAGGAAAUGUGUCUCGCUAAAUGAAUGGUGUCAUUGAUUCGCUUUCUAUGUGUGUUGUUGCAGUGUGGUCUGAAGCUGGUUCUUCUACUCCUCGCUCACUUGGAUAGAACUGCCGCGCUGAUUCAGCUGUUGCCAUUCACUAGACUCUGAUUGACGAACACUUUUCUUCUGGACUUCAUAGAAUGUACAUGUUUCACAUUUUCUGUUGGUGCACAAUGUAGCAGUGAACAUAGUAACUUAGGUUUGUGUUGGUUCCAUUGGAUGGCGUGUGCUAUUUUUAAUGCGAGCUGUGACACCGAGUAAUCAAGCCGCAUGCUUAUACGGCAGAAGGCCGGGUGGCAGUUGCAUCACCAGGCCUACCUGUGGCCUAGAAAAAGUAGGUCAAGCCCACUGUCAUUCCAGCCUCUACCACGGCGGCGUCAAAGUCGAGGUAUUCGCUGUCACGGCAGAGGUGGACAGUCGUCGAAGGUGGUGUUACGUUCGAGGGCGCUGCCUCCAUCGGCGUCUCCCAAUCUUGAUGGGGAUUAUCCGACUGGGCCCCCUGCACCGAGGGUCAGGAAAGGCAGCAGUGGAGGCGAAGAAGUGGACUCGCCCAUGUCGUCCUUCACCUCAGCCUCCUCGACCAGCAGUCGCAACUCUCUAGAGGAGCUGUCCAUCACAUCCUCCCCGUCAGGUCGCAGUCGUAGUAGCAGUUCUGAACGUGGAGCUUAUUCUCCAGAUCGCAGGCUGACAAGGGGCCAAAGCGGCGUCGGCGAGGACUCUCUGGCGCCAUCUCCCAUGGAAAAGAGACCCCGUGUCCUUGUCCAGAGAACACUGAAAACCUGGUUCAGAGUUGAGUCUCGUGCAAGGAGUGAGACCAGACCAGGUGCAAAGAGUGUCAGAACACGAAGAGACACAAGAAGUACAGAGUGCAAGGCUUUAGAUUCUUCCAACUCUAGCAGCAGCAAUUUGUAUUCCAAUCUUAAAGGCAGCAGCAAUCACAAUAACAACCUCAUUCAUUGGAGCAGAGAGGCUAUUUGUAUUAAAGAAACAAGCACUGCACAAACCCUUACUCCAUCCCAGCCAGGUCAAACUAGGAUGGGUGUUCUAUGCACAGAGAAGCAUUGCCAUGGAGAGAAGUGUGUCUGUGGUGGCAUCUCUGACACUUCCCCAAAACCUGCAACAUUGCCAUCCUUCCCUGGCUCACCAUGUCUGAAUGGCCACAGCAACAGUCAUGAAAAAUCCAGAAGCAGCUCUACAGUAACUAGAAAAAGAUCUUUGGACACAGUUUUAUGUGAUCCAGAUGAUGCGGGUACACCAGCAUUAAGACGAAGAACUCAGAGAUCUCCUUCCAUAGGUAAUAUAAAUGGAAUUACAAAUCAUGUUAUAUCUAAAGAGAAACUUGCUGAAAUGUCUUCGCUGCUUUGCCAGAAUGGAUAUAAACAUGAAAAAGGCCUAAAUGGUAUAACCAAAUUGGAGCCCCAUAAUGGUCUUCGGCCAUUAUGUUCAGGAACAGAGUCCAAGACUCAUCAUAAUUCUACAUUAACAUCUUCAGUUAAUUUAUCACUGUCCAUUAUUCAGACCAACGCUUGUUUGUUGGGUAAAGAUGCCAUCACAGGUCAUGUAUCUGACACAACACCCAGUAAAUUUAAUGCAACUACACCAAGCAACCCAGCUUUUUCUGAUGAGGCUCAAUAUGUGAAAAGCCCCCAGACCCAUUCUCCCCAGUUACAUUUGCAGCCUCAUUUACCAACUCAGGGAACUAAAGGCAGCAACAGUUCUGAUACUAUAGGUAUGAACCCCAACCCAGCCCCAGUCAUCUCUGUAUGUAAAUUAACAGCACCAAACGCAACAGUCCUCAGUUUACGCCAAAGGCCUAGCUCAGGCAGUCACACUAGGCCAUCAUCAUUACCAGCCUCCCCACAGCCCAGUAGCAUUCAUGCCACAUCCAAAUCAAAGUCCACAUUACCUGCAUCAGCAUCCUCCCCUUCAUUAUCCACACUUGUUACAGAGCCCCCAUCUCCACCCCAGUCAUCACUAGCUCAGUGCAAGUGGCGUGGGUGUACAGCCGAGCUAGAUGCCAGUGAUUUGCUGGAACACAUUCGCAAACAUGCUGAAACUCAGAUAGCUAAAGAAACAUACUCCUGCCUUUGGGAGGACUGCAAGGUAUUCGACAAACCUUCAUGGUCAGGCUCAUGGUUGGAACGCCACAUAGUCACACACAGCGGACAUCGUCCAUUUAAGUGCAUACUAGAUAAUUGUGGCCAGCGCUUUCAUUCCCAGGCUGCCCUAGAAAGGCAUGUCAACAGCCACUUUACAGCUGAUUCUCAGAAUGGCACAAAGUGUGGCCGCAGCAGAGAAGAAAUUAAUCAGCGUAUGUUACAGAAAAGAAGAAAGCAAUUAAAGAGGAGAUCUUUGCAGUCUGUCAAACGAUGUGACUUUUUCGAUGAGCAGACCAUGUCAAUAGUUAAACAAGAAUUACAGACCCUGGCUGAACAUACCCAGCUAGAUAUCUCAGGGAGCACAUUACAGACAACAUUCCAAGGAACGAUUGUGGCUAGAAGACAGUCCAAAUGUGGUUCAAAACAUUCACUUGUUGAGUUCACUCCCUCUGCUGUGCUAGAGGAUGAGUGGAUACCAGAAGAAGAAACUCCUAACAUUAGUCGGCUAGCUAUUCCAUUGUCACAACUGCCACGUGACACUGUCACCAAUCUCCACAAGUGCUUGUACCGACGUCACAGGUUCCGUAAACACAGACGAAAAUAGGCACAGUUGCAGGUUUGUCUUCAGCAGCACUGACUCCUACACCAGAAUCAGUCUUACUCAGCAGCAGCAGAGAGAUAAAUGUGUACAUAACAGCAGCAUGGAAUAGAGGACAGAAGCUUGCCACCAUGACACUACCUUAUCAACUCGGAUUGUAUGUAGGCAGCACCAGGGCAUAUCUUGCCAGAUUUUUUGUUAUUGUUUAUUUAAAACAUAUCUAUUUUCUAAUUUUUGUUUUUCUUCCUUAUAUAAUUUAAGUUUAUCUUAAAUGUGUAAAUUAUCAUAAUUUAUUUUCAAUACUUAAGUGUUAAGUUUUUUUCUUUUAGCAAGCACGUAAUGACAAUUGACUUAUUUAUAUACAGACCAUGAGAGUUGAGAUACUUUCUUUAUUUGCUAAUUGAAAAGAAAAUGACAAGCUUCAUCUAUUUGUUACCUGGAGUAAUUUGUAGCUCAUUCUAAACCAAUGACUUCAUUUGCAGAGAACAAAAAGUUGACUUUUUGUGUCAGCUUGAUCUUGUUGCUCAACACAGUUGACACUAAGAAACCAUGAGAUAAGAUUUGAGACCAGUUGGUGAGACAAGGUUUAAUUUGUUCUUGUCAUCAGAAGUGUCCCAAAGUUGUUCUACCUCACUGAUCUUGUACUACUCAGUUGAUAUUGCCUUGGCACUUUUGUAACAUCACUAUAUACUUUUAUUGAAGAGACUUAUUAAUCAAAGCUUUGUUACAUAAACUAAUCCUGUUUAUACACUUAUAAAUGGCACAAGUUGUCUUAUUAAACUUUUGAGUCAGCCUUAUUUAUAAUAUGAUCACAUCAUAAUUAUCAUUUCACCCCAAGGACCUCCCUUCCCUUUCUACUUCCUAUCCCAAUGAAACAUUCCAAGCUGAAGGUGUAGUUUGAAAGCUAACUCAGAAAACACUUCAUUCAAAGAUUAGAGACAAUUAUUGAUAUUCGCUUUAGGAUAAAGAAUUUAUACAGGGAUGCUUGGAUUUCAAGAUAUAGAAUUUGAUUUAAAAUACUAUAAAAACGAAACAAAUUGUAUCACUCUUAAUCCAGUGUUUGAAAGCAUUCUGCAGUUGAUUGAUAUGUUACCGUCACAUGGGAACUCAACACUGACUUGGUUCUUUUAUAAAGAACUAGUUCAUCAAGUCAAUGAUGGAUCUGCUGUAGUGUAGCAGAUGCAGUGGACACAACAGAGUUCUGAAUGAAUAUAUAUGUUAUGUUAUUCCACCAUGUUAAUGAUGUAUAAUAUAUUUAUUUAUUAUAUUUAUGAACAUAGGUCAGCUGUCAUUUUGUGUUAAUAGGAAUGAGAUGCUCACUUUGUGUUGGGGGUUAGGAAAUUGGAUGCUCAUCCAUAGGUCAGCUGUCACUGUGUGUUGGGGGUUAGAAAAUGGGAUGCUCAACCAUAGCUCAGCUGUCACUUUGUGUUGGGGGUUAGGAAAUGGGAUGCUGAUCCAUAGGUCAGCUGUCACUUUGUGUUGGGGGUUAGGAAAUGGGAUGAUCAUCCAUAGGUCAACUGUCACUGUGUGUUGGGGGUUAGGAAAUGGGAUGCUGAUCCAUAGGUCAGCUGUCAGUUUGUGUUGGGGGUUAGGAAAUGGGAUGUUCAUCCAUAGGUCAGCUGUCACUUUGUGUUGGGGGUUAGGAAAUGGGAUGCUGAUCCAUAGGUCAGCUGUCACUUUGUGUUGGGGGUUAGGAAAUGGGAUGCUGAUCCAUAGGUCAGCUGUCACUUUGUGUUGGGGGUUAGGAAAUGGGAUGCUGAUCCAUAGGUCAGCUGUCACUUUGUGUUGGGGGUUAGGAAAUGGGAUGCUGAUCCAUAGGUCAGCUGUCACUUUGUGUUGGGGGUUAGGAAAUGGGAUGCUCAUCCUGGAUGAAGCUUACGUCUUAGCUUGAAUACGAAUGUAGUGAAAGAGAAUGACAUUAGGUGCAUGCUGACCUGUACAGUCUGGCAAGAUUGUCUUCUCAUACUAUCAUGUCUCUACCAUCAUGUGUAUACCAUCAUAUAGCUCAGUACCAUUGUGUUAUAAUCAACUAAUACAAAGUAAUAUCAAUGCAAUAAUCUGUCAAAUGGCAUUCACACUUAGUUCCAGUGCUACUGUUGAUGGCUUGAGAUUUGUUCAAGGUUUAUGUCACCUGAAGAGUACAGACAGACACUUGAAGGAAAUCCAAAGUUUUUGAGCAUAUUUGAAUGUGUGUCUCCACCUGAAGUUACAUAUCCUAUUUAAGUCUUUGGUCUCAAUGAGACAUCCUAGUUAGUUUGUGUUGGCUGUGGACAACAUUUCUGUCUGUUCAAUAGAUUUGAGAACACAAUUUUAUUUGAUCUUUUUUUGUUCUUGGUUGUGUCAGCAAAUUGCUGCUAGCCAAACAGUAUUGUGGUCAAUUGAUGAUAACUACAUGUACAUAACACUAAUUUAUUGGUUGCUGCUGUGUGUACCUAAAUGUGACUUAGGAUGCCAAGAAUGAUGAUGUUUUUGAUCAGACUAUUUUACUUUAUUUUUCUUUUCAUAAUUCCAUUUCUUUUAGAAUCUAGCAUAUGUUCAAUUAUUUCCAAAUGUUUUCAACUUAGAGAAAAAAACGUUAAGAAGUGGAACACAGCAAUGUCCCUAUGUGUGUAUGAUGUGCACUACUAUCUAUUAUUGACACUAGUUUAUUGACUAGUACUUCAGAAGAGAACUCAUAGGGUGAUCAAUCAGACACCAAAUGAAAAGUUUUGAUGUCUGCAUUAAUGCCCUGCAAGAGACUAUUUGAGUUAAGCUUGUGUAUAGAUGUAAGAGUUGAGUGUGAGGCCUGGUUUGGAAGAGAUUCACUGGAUUUGUCUGAAAGUCAUAAGUUGUCAUGGCCAGUUGUCUUCAAUUCCUAGCAGUGUCUGUCAGAUGUCUUUAAUGUGAACAAAGUAGUGGUCAUAAGAAGCAACUGGACAUUCAGUCUAUAUGGUGUGUACAUAAAUUCUACAAAUGAUUAUAUUUUUAUCUUUUAGUGAUUUUUGUCCAUUUGAAAUUAUGUACAUUAGUUUUUUUGUGUUUUUGUUCUUGAGAAACUCUUGUAGCUAACUUGGUUUGAUCACCAAUGAUUGGACUAGUGUUUAGUACAUAAUGUUUUUAAUGCAUUUGUUAAACUUUCUGAUUGAAAAUGUAAUAAAACUUUGGCUCUUUAUCAAUGAAAUAUUUAACUAACAGAGAAGAGUAUCUACACUUUUUUGUUCUUUAUAUUGCUAUUGUAAAUUACACAUCAUUGGUCUUAAAACUUUUUCAAGUCACUUUGAAACCAUCCCUCAAUGUUGGUUUACUAUAUAAUAUUCUCCAUAAGAGGCCUUUAAUUGUGCCAAUAGUUGGCAAUGAUUGUGCUCAGUACUAUAUAAUACAUGCAGCAACCUGUACUGUCACUGAUAUAAUGGAGACAUUGCUAGCUUUGACUAGCUCAUAGAUGUGAUAGUCAUUUGGAAUCAAGUGUUACAUCUUUGUUUUCUUCACUAUUCACUCUUCUGUUAUUCAUUGCACUUCUUGUUUUGUGUGCAGUCAACUGAAGCAAGGGAAUGAGAAACUAUCUGGCCACUCUUUAGGACCAGGAUUCUGUCAUUUCAGCAUUUUGUAUUCAGUGUAUUUAGUUCUGUUAAGUAACCUUAGUCUCAAAAGCAGUAGAAUUCAAAGCUAGUACACAAAUGUUUCUUGAUCUGUAACCAAAUAGUUUACUUGUGCUACUUGAGCUGUUCAAAUUACUGCCUAUGUCAAACCAACAUAGUGCACCAAGAAUUGAUUUGUUGUUUGUUCCCUGCUCUUCAAUACUUGCAGUCAGUUGUGUGUGUCUAUUUUAUUUGAGAUAUUGGUCUUUCACAUCAAAAGAAAUGUCAUCUAUCUGUUGGUUUGUGGAAACUUUUUUUUUUUAUUUUAUUUCUAUUUUCCUGAUUUGUUUCACAGUAAAUGUGUAUACAGAUCAGUGACAUGCAGCAAUGAUUUUAUUGUUUUUUUUUCUUAUCAACUGGCAAGAAAUUCUUUUGUUCAAAGCUCGUUCUUUAGAAAUCAGUCAGAUUUCAUUGAAAAAGACAAAUCUUGGUUCAUUUGAUUGAACAGUAUAGGAUAUGUGGAUAAUAUGAAGGACUCAAAAAAAAUAUUUUUCUGUUCGCAGAUAGUUUUUAAGGAUCUUUUAAUUCUGUCUUGCUUAUCUAACUACAAAUAAUGUUCUUAUAGAUUGAAUGCAGAGAUGAACAUUUUGUAACACAAAAUGUGAUUCUGGUAUAUUAUUUUGUGUACAGCAAUAUAUUUUUUUUGUUCAUAAAAUUUUUAUUGCUAUUAUUUUUUCUUUUUUUUUCUAAAAAUACUUUGAAUGUCAUUGAUGCAAUGGAGUCAAAAUUUUGUAUUUUAGAACUGAACUAUUUUCUUGACGAUUGGCUUGUACAUAAGGAAGACCAAUGUCCAAAUGAUUUGUGUGUUGUUGUGUUCAACUGGAAUUAAAUAUAAAAUAGUGUUUUGUAAAUAUUUAUAAACAGUUCUUUUUUUUUUUUGUUAGCUUCAACAGUUCUGGAGUUAUUUUUUUAUCCAAGUCUAAAAAAAAUAGUGUUUUUUUUAUUAGAAAUGUUACUAACCUAACCGAAUGUAGCAUUUUAUUUUUCAUCUUUUUGACAAUUUUUAAAUGAAAUAGAUACAGGGGGGCUGCUAAACGUAACAUACAAACAAUAUAGCAUUAUGUAUGCGGUACCUGGACAUGGUCUUUGAGUUGAAGUAAAGCUAUGUUAGGCAGUAGACCAAGUAGGGGAAGUAAAUGUGGUCCUAAUGCAGUUGUUUUGUUUAUGCACUGAAGUAGACUACUAUCAAAGAUAUUUUGGGAAAUUUUGAUUUCUAAAGCCAUGAAGGCAUUACUGUUCCCACCUGCACGUUUCUCCAGUGGAGAGUUUAGUUCAAAUAGAUAUGGGAACUUAUUAUUUAUGAAGGCAUGACUGUUGCCACCUCCAUGUUUUUCCAGUGGAGAGUGUUUACUUCAAAGAGCAGAUGCAGCUUGUUCACAUUUGUACACCAUUUGAAAUGAACUGCUGCUUAGUUGUAUUGUUUCUGCUUACUCAAUCUAUCUGCAAUAUAUUUCAAUGAAAUAAAAUAAACCUUUUCUAAAAUGAAUCCUAUCUAGUUACUCAAUCUGCAAGAUGUUUACUCAAAUGAAUGCUAUCAGGUUAACAAAUUGGUUACCACAUGAAAGUACAAUCAUUGUAAUAUUCAAGCUCCAGUCUAACCCGAGUUUUGCGUGUGAAUUAUAUCCAGACACAGGCACACUAGCUGUAUGUUCUUUGUUUUGGAUUUGUCUGGAUCUGAUUGUGCCAUUUAUGAAUUUGUAGUUGACUUCUGUCUGGGCAUCAAUUCUCACUUAUACUGUGCAAGCAAUGAGAAAACAUUGAAGAAAUAGAACUGUUGAUGGCUCUCUUCUAUAUUUCAAGCAGUUGUUUUUUUUUUGUUUUGUUUUUUUUAUACUAUGUCGUCUUGUGAAUUUCAUUGUCAAAUGACCAACUAUGUUAUAUUUUUUUUGUUUCUGGAAUUAUUUUUUUUGGCCACAUUAUCUUUUUUUUUAAAAUAUAUAUCCCAAGUAGUUUGGUAUAAAAUCCAAAACUGAACAAAAAACCUGAAAGAAAAUUUAAAAAGAAAAUUAAACAUUUUUCUUUAUA